GUCAGUUCUUGGCCAAUAGUUGUGAAUGUAUAAACGAAAGAGACAUAUGUUUGAUGUCUUAAAUAAUAUGUACUAUGUAUGUACUUUAAAACAAAGAAGGCACCACUAGAAAAUUUAAAAUGUGAAAACUAAGUGAAAGUGCAUAAAUAUUUCUUGUUUUAUUUAUUAGUGGAUUAUAAAUUGAAGUUACGCGAUAGAAUAAGAAAUUAAACAAAAUACCAGAGGUGUCAGACAAUAUGACCUCCACGGCAGCUAGGAAUGAUACCUACAGUGACGACAAUUUCUCUGACGAUGAAAGUUCUCCUCUGACCGAAAAUAUUUAUGGAGGAAGUACUAGGACGGUACAAGAAACAAAAGGAUGGGACGUCUUUCGAGAUCCUCCGAUCAAGGAGGAAUCUGGUUCAAUGGCAAAUCAAAAAUGUUUAGAACUUACUGUAAAAAUUUUAAAAGUCGUAGCUUAUCUCGUCACCUUUAUAAUAGUACUUAUUUCGGGAGUAAUAUCAAAAGGAACUCUUUUGUUUAUGACUUCACAACUGAAACCUGAUAAAGUAACAGUUUACUGUAACAAGGAUCUAGGACGAGAAAAACAGUUCAUAGUUAAUCUUCCAUCAGCAGAAAGAGUAGCCUGGAUGUGGUGUUUAAUCUUUGCAUUUUGGGUUCCUCAACUUGGUUCAGUUUUUCGUUCAGUUAGAAUGUGCUUUUUCAAAUCUUCAAAGAAGCCUAUAUUCUCUCAUUUUUUGAUCGUAUUUUUUAUGGAAACAGCUCAUACUAUUGGUCUAACUCUUUUAAUUUUCUACAUACUUCCUGACCUUGAUGUCGUUAAAGCAGCAAUGUUAACAAACUGUGUAUGCUUUGUACCGGGUGUUUUAGGCUUAUUAUCCCGAAGCAAUAAAGAAUCACAACGAUUUUUAAAAGUUAUUAUUGAUUUAAUAGCAAUUGCUGCGCAAGCAACUGGUUUUGUGGUGUGGCCAAUAAUUGAACAACGAGUUGAUCUUUGGAUAAUACCCGUGGCAAUUUUCUUGGUUUCCUUAGGAUGGUGGGAGAAUUAUAUUUCUAAACACUCUCCUAUACCAUUUAUAAAAAAAUUAGGACGAAUCAAAGACAAAUUAGAACAUUCGAGAUAUUUCACUUACAUGUUUAUAUCGGUCUGGAAAUGUUUGUUAUUCUUCUUGUCUGUUCUUUUUAUUAUUUUAAUUAAAGAGGGAGAAGUAGCUUUCUUUUUUACGCAGUUUUCUGAAGGUUUCGGCGCUCAUCAAAUACAAGUAAUAGAAAUUAAGCCAAUUCCUGGAGGUACUUCAUUACCUGACAAUUCUGAAAUUAUACCGACUGGUGAUGACGUCAUAAUUCAAGCAAAUGAUAUGACGGUAUUGUAUGUUCUGUUAAUAAACAUCUUUGCUUCUUAUUUUGCUUAUAUUUUUGGAAAAUUUGCCUGCAAAAUUAUGAUACAGGGUUUUUCUUACGCAUUUCCCGUAAAUUUAACAAUUCCUGUUUCCAUUUCGAUGUUAAUAGCCGCUUGUGGUUUGCGUAGUGGGGAUCCAUGUUUCUUUCAUGACACAAUACCAUCAUAUCUCUUUUUUAAAAGUCCACCAGCAGCGUUCCUGAAUGAUUUCAUAUCACAUCAGCAUGCUUGGAUUUGGUUAUUAUGGCUUUUAUCUCAAACCUGGAUAACGUUACACAUAUGGACGCCAAAAUGUGAACGUUUGGCACGAACUGAAAAGUUAUUUGUUACGCCUAUGUAUGAAGGACUACUGAUAGAUCAAAGUUUAGGAAUGAACCGAAGAAGAGACGAUGAAGCUGAUGUUAAAACAGAAGAUUUAGAUGAAAUUCAAAAAGAAAAAGGGGAUGAAUAUUAUGAAACUAUAUCGAACCACACAGACGCUUCCUCUGCGAAAACAGUGAAGAGUUCCGACCACAUUACAAGAAUAUAUGGUUGUGCUACCAUGUGGCAUGAAAAUAAAGAAGAAAUGAUAGAAUUUUUAAAAUCUAUUUUGCGCCUAGACGAAGACCAAUCUGCAAGAAGAGUUGCUCAGAAAUAUCUUCGGGUUGUUGAUCCUGAUUACUAUGAAUUUGAAACGCAUAUAUUUUUUGAUGACGCUUUCGAAAUAUCGGAUCAUAAUGAUGAUGAAACACAAGUAAACAGAUUCGUCAAGCUACUGGUUGCAACUAUAGAUGAGGCAGCGUCUGAUGUACAUCAAACUCAUAUGCGUAUUCGCCCACCUAAAAAACUUCCAACACCAUAUGGUGGCCGUUUAAUAUGGACACUUCCCGGUAAAACCAAAAUGAUAGCACAUUUAAAAGACAAAAUGAAAAUCAGACACAGAAAACGAUGGUCUCAAGUGAUGUACAUGUAUUAUCUUCUGGGUCACCGCCUUAUGGAACUUCCAAUUUCUGUCGACAGAAAGGCAGUGAUUGCUGAAAAUACCUACCUUCUAACUUUGGACGGUGACAUCGAUUUCCAACCAUCUGCAGUGUUGCUUUUGAUUGAUUUAAUGAAAAAAAACAGAAACUUGGGAGCUGCAUGUGGGCGCAUUCAUCCGGUAGGUUCUGGUCCAAUGGUUUGGUAUCAGAUGUUCGAAUAUGCCAUUGGUCACUGGUUACAAAAAGCUACAGAACAUGUGAUUGGCUGUGUACUAUGUAGUCCUGGUUGUUUUUCGCUCUUCAGAGGCAAAUCUUUAAUGGACGACAACGUUAUGAAAAAAUAUACUACAUGUUCGGCAGAAGCUAGACAUUACGUACAAUAUGAUCAAGGAGAAGAUCGUUGGUUGUGCACACUCUUACUGCAAAGGGGUUAUCGUGUUGAAUACUCUGCUGCCUCGGAUGCUUAUACACAUGCACCUGAAGGUUUUAACGAGUUUUAUAAUCAACGUCGGCGUUGGGUACCAUCGACCAUAGCAAACAUAAUGGAUCUGCUUAUGGAUUCAAAAAGGACAAUUGACAUUAACGAUAAUAUUUCUAUGCCAUAUAUUGGAUAUCAGAUUUUGUUGAUGGGUGGUACUAUACUAGGACCUGGAACUAUAUUUCUUAUGUUGGUUGGUGCUUUUGUGGCAGCUUUCCAAAUUGACAACUGGACAAGUUUCUAUUACAACAUAAUUCCAAUAUUUUUCUUUAUGUUAGUCUGCUUUACCUGCAAAUCAAAUCUUCAGUUAAUAGUGGCACAAAUUUUGUCUACUGGAUAUGCAUUAAUUAUGAUGGCUGUGAUAGUUGGUACAGCUCUUCAAUUACGAGAGGAUGGUGUAGGUUCACCGUCAGCAAUUUUCUUGAUAGCUAUGACAGGAUCAUUCUUUAUCGCUGCUUGCUUACAUCCACAAGAGUUUUGGUGCAUCGUUCCUGGGAUAAUAUAUUUGUUAUCUAUACCAUCUAUGUACUUAUUAUUGAUUUUGUAUUCAAUUAUCAAUCUUAAUGUAGUAUCGUGGGGGACUCGAGAAGUUGCAGUUAAAAAAACCAAAAAGGAACUUGAGGAAGAAAAAAAACAAGCCGAAGAAGCUAAACGAAAAGCAAAACAAAAAUCACUUCUUGGUUUUCUUCAAAGCGGUGGCACUAGUGAUGAUGACGAAGGAAGUAUUGAAAUAUCGUUGGCAGGUUUAUUCAAAUGCAUGCUUUGUACUCAUCAAAAAGCAGGAGAUGAAAAAGCAUCACUAAUCAAUAUUGCUGAUUCUUUGGAAAUGCUAAAUAAACGUCUUGAUCACAUUGAAAAAACCAUUGAUCCAUCUGGACAUAUUUCAAGAAGACGGAGUAUGUCCGCGUCAUCACGUGGAGACCAUCAUCAUCUUGGGGCCGUUACUGAAGAAGAAGGAGAAGAAUCGGCAAACGAAACUGAUUCAGAAACGGUUUCAACGGUGCCGCAAAAUAAAAGAGAUGAUUUAGUAAAUCCCUACUGGAUUGAAGACCCCGACGUACGAAAAGGAGAAGUCGAGUUCCUUAGUAGCAAUGAAAUACAAUUUUGGAAAGAUUUAUUGGAUAAGUACUUAUACCCCAUUGAUGAAAACAAAGAGGAGAAGGCCAGGAUUGCAAAGGAGUUGAUUGAACUCCGCAACAAAUCGGUAUUUGCGUUCUUCAUGUUCAAUGCUCUAUUUGUAUUAGUCGUCUUCCUAUUGCAACUUAAUAAGGAUCAAAUCCAUGUUAAGUGGCCACUUGGUGUACGCACUAAUAUAACGUACAUUGAGGAAACAUCCGAGGUCCACAUUACCAAAGAAUAUCUGCAACUGGAGCCGAUUGGUUUAGUUUUCGUCUUUUUCUUCGCUCUCAUUUUGGUAAUUCAGUUCGUUGCCAUGUUGUUUCAUAGAUUUGGCACGAUUGCCCACAUACUAGCGUCAACUGAAUUAAAUCUAUGUUGCACGAAAAAGAAAGAAGAAAUGUCUCCUAAUGCUUUAUUGGAUAAACAAGCGGUCGAAAUUGUCAAACAACUUCAGAAGUUGCAAGGGCUUGACGAUGGUGAUUAUGAUGAUUCAGGUUCAGGUCCUGAUAGAAUAGGCCGACGUAAAACAAUUCACAAUCUUGAAAGAGCAGCUCAAAAGAAAAGACAAAUAGGAACACUGGAUGUUGCGUUCAAAAAGCGAUUCGCGAAACUUAAUGCAAAUGGUACAAAUGCCGGAACACCAGUACUAAGUCGCAGAUUAACAAUGCGAAGAGAGACAAUGAAAGCAUUAGAGGUCAGAGUAAAUUCUGUAAUGGCCGAGCGACGAAAAUCUCAUAUGCAAACUCUAGGAGCAAAGAAUGAGUACGGAAACAAUAAUAUAAUGACUAGAAACCAGCGUAAUAGCAUUGCGAGUAGUAUUCCCGCAAAAGAUGUUUUUGAAAAUGGUCACGUAAACAAAGCAUUUGAAGAAGAUCAAUAUGACAAUAGAAAUUCAUUACAAAUGCAACCUAGAAACAGUGUUACGUGGAAAAGCAAUAACAGCAGAAUGUAACAUUCCUAAAAAAUGUCUCAUCACUCUUCCACUGCCACAUGCGCCUGCCUUUUGUUUUUAGUUUACGUUUACUACGCUUCAGUAAAAAUAUCUCGACACUAAUCAGUACGAAUAACUAAUCUAAGCACAACUUCUUAAAAUAAGACAGACUUUUGUUCUAUACUGGAAUAAUUAUGACUAUUGUUUAUUGUAAGGUAUUGUGAUAUUUAACAGAAAAUAUAUUAGGUAUUUUGCAAA